AUGGCCACUGCCAACUACAGAUACCAAACCGAGUAUCCCCCUGAAGCCCGCUACGGGGAAAACGCGUACUCCGCCAACACUUUCAGCCACGGGUAUACUCCUGACACCCAAUACCCUAGUGCGGGCUCUGAGCAUAAGCAUCGCUCAGGUAGCCGCCAUGGAGAGGGACACUCGAGUCGCCGCCACAACGAGGGUCAGUCGAGCCGCCAACGCAGAGAUGAGCACUCGAGUCCCCGUCACAGCGACAGCCAGCAGCAUCGCAGCAGCCAAUCCAAGGAAAAGCAUUCGUCGUCUCGCAGCCACCAGAGCAGCCAUGCAGACAAAGAGCAGCGCCACCGCAGUAGGAGUUCGGGAACUGAGCACAGGCGCAAGCAUCGAAGCGACAGGCAAUCGCGCGAGGACCAGAACCACAAUGGACACAGUAGGCAUGAUAAUGCGGGUCACGCCGACAGCAGCCCCGGGGUGCGCGGUGAGGCAGCAAGCUAUGAUGAAAUGGCCGUGCAGCUGCAUACCGGCGCGCAGCCCCCCGCCAGCCAGCGCCGCGACAACCGCCAUGGCAACUACAACCGGUACUCGCAGUCGACUGCGUUCAUCCCGGCAGCCUGGAAUUUUGCCAACAACCGCCACGGCCUGGUCGGUCUGAUCACGCAAAUCUGCACCGACAUCGACAACAGGGUGUGUCCGUCGGCAGUCAGCGUUGUCGACGACCCGAACGCUGUGUUUAAUCGCGGCGCGCGCGGCGCGCGGUCGCUGCCACAGGGUGCCUAUGCCCAGGUCAACACGAAUCCGGCGUACGUGCGCUGCCCAAAAUGCAAGCGCCAGGUGCGCACACGUAUUUCCCGCGAAAUUGGCACCACAAGCAUCGUCGCAACUGCAGCUGCCGCCGCAGUCGUGGUCGCUGUUAAUGCACCUGCUGCUGCGUAUCCGCUGGCUGCGCUGCCCCUGCAGCUCAAGAUGUUCAAGCGCAAGGUCCACAUCUGUCCCGAGUGCCAGUUCAAGAUGGGAAGAAACGUCACCAUUCAUAUCCCCGAGUGA